CACCAGUCUAACGCCAUACUUCUGAAAUGCUUUUUUUCGGGCCAGUUUAUUAAAUCUGCAUAAUUCACAAAAACAGCGCUAACAAAUGAAACAAGUAUUUUAAAAUCAAUUUCAUGGUAAACUGACCAACUAUUGUUGCCACUUAACAUAAUGUCAAUGCGGUAAACACGCUAAAACAUUGCAAAAACGAAAAUUCUGCGAAAAAUUGAUAUCAGGAGAAAAAAAAAGAAAAAAAUCGAGUGUGGUGAAUUUGAGCGCAUUUACGCAUUUUUAGUGCCCAUCAGCUGCGGCUGUCCAAAAAAAAGGUUGUUGUUGCCGUUCGUGUUUCGUGGUGAAUACUGAGACUCAAAAACAAAUCAACAACCCAAAUAAAAUUAUGAGCAACGCUUUGUGAACAAAACAAACGAAAUGGAUCCGCGCUAUAAAUGGUCGACAUACUAUCAGCAGCAGAGAGGGGGAGGAUGCGGUGGCGGCAACGAUGGCUACAUGGAUGCCCCGCCAUACGCUCAACACAUGCCCCGCUCCAGCUACAAGCAGCCGUACAAAGCAUACAAUUACAGCAGCUACGGCAAUCACAAUAAUAAUGUUGGCAUUGGUGGCGCCGCCAAUUACUAUAAGCACCCACAGCCACCGUGGCGUGCACACUGGCUGCAUCGCGCAGCCGAACAACCCGCACCACCAGCACAAGCGCCAGAAAGGGCCAAGAGUAGCAAUAAUACAGAUGUCGUCACUUUGAUUGUGGACAAUAACAAUCUGAAGCGUAUGAUUGUGUUGCAUGUGAAUCUGUUGCAGGAGCAAGCGGACAAGCUGGAGAAGAAGAACCAGUUGCUGGACGAGAAGAAUUUACGCAUCGAAACGUUACUCGCCCAAAAACAGGAACUACUGCAACAGAUUGCCAUGCUGGGGCAGACAGUGGAGGAGCUGCGCAAUCAGCGGCGUCGCAGCAGCAAACGUUCCGCAAAUGAAGAUGAGGCGCCCAAGGCGAAACUGCCCUGCUUUGUGGAGACGCAAACGCAGACGGAGGCGGAGCAGCAGCAGGUGUUGCUGGAGCAGCUACAGGUACAGCAGCAACAGGUGCAGGUACAGCAGGAUGUGUUGGUCAUGGAGCCAAUGCAUCAUUGCCAUACCCCACCACAGGCACAUGUAGCAGCAGCAGCGGCGCAGCCUCCGCCGCUGCCACGAAAGCAGCCAAAUGUGAUUGUCACAUCGGUCACAGAAUUGCCACCGACGACGCCAGCAUUAGGUCACAUCAAAGCGCGUGGUUUCAAUGGUGGCAAAAAGAUUAGCACCAUUAUACUGCAUCGCGUCCAUCAAGAAUCAUCCAGUCUGCAGCUGCAAGAGGAGCAGGAGAAACAGGAACAUGAAGAACAGGAUGAGGAAACGGAAGAAACUGAGUUGCAAAUUGAUGAGGAACAGCAGGAGCACGAAGGUGUCUUCUUGGAAGAGGAGGAGCAAUUGCAUGAUGAGCAUAUCUAUCACGAUGGAAUGGUUGGCAUGACUGAAACGAUUAUUGGCGCCGAGGAGGAACUGAUCACCGAAGAGGCGGAGCAGCAGGUAUUGGCCACUGAUGAUGGCAUUAACAAUGGUCACACAUUGGUCGUUGGACAUUAUGUGGACAUUGAGAAACUUCGCCGUUUGGGCAUUAAACCGCAACAGCUGCGUCUCUUUGACAGCAAUCAGUCUCCCAACCAGCCACAGCAACAACAACAACUCCAAUCGAAUGCCGCUGAGGAUGAAGUUGUCAAUGCACUGCUCCAGGCGCAAUCGCAAUCCGAAAUUCUAAUGCCAACUGUAGUGGACUCAACAAUGGAUGUAUCACAGAAACUGAAACCCAGCAAAAAGGGGCCAAGAACCUUUGCCCGAACUCGAGUUAAUCAACAGCAGGUCAUACGAAAGUUGCCCACACUGGAGAAUUCAACAUUGGGCAACGAAAUUGUAGCAAAUUAUAAAGGCAUGUUGGCCAAGCCAGCGUUGCAGGAGCAGGAACAGGAACGGCUGCGGCAUGAGGCAGAGCAGCUUGAAGUGCAACUGAAGCAGGAGGAGGAGGAGGAGAAGAGAGAACAACAACAGAAGCAGCGCGAAAAACAAAGGGAAGGAGACCAACUGGAGCAGGAGAAGAUCAAUCAGCACGAACUGGAGCUGCAAAAGCAAGAACAGGAGGCGAAGGUGGAGGAGGCGGCGCUAAGGCAACGUCAGGAGCUGGAACCUGAACGUCUGCGACAUGCGGUUAAACCGUUUGAAAUGGAAGUGAAACCGGAGGAGGAGGAGGAGAGAGAACAACAACAGAGACAGUUAGAGCAGAAAAAGUGGAAGCUGGAAAAGGAGCAGGAGCGAGAAAGGGAGCGUCAACAACAACAGCUGCUACAGGAGCAGGAGGAGCUCGAAAAACAAAGGGAGCAAGAGCAACUGGCGCAGGAGAAGGUGCAAAAGCUAGCGGUGGAGGCGGAGGCACUAAGGCAACGUCAGGCGUUGGAACGCCAAGAAGAACUGAAUAAGAAAGAGCGAGCGCAGCGCAAUUUGCAGGAGGUGGUGCGUGCUGAGCAGAAGAAGCGAAUUCAGGAGAAGAAGCGGAAACAGCUGAUCGAGCAAAAGAAACGGGAACGCGAACAGAAAAAGAAGAUCGAACUGCAAAAGAUCAGGGAACGGAAUAGGGAACGACAAGAACUGCUCAACGAACAACACCAAAAAAUGGACAGCACGUUGAUCUCAGAGGUGCAGACAGAUGUGAAGAAGCAGGCGGAACAGCAGUCAGAUAAGAAGCAGGAGCAGAAAGCGGACAAGGAGGAAGAGGAGGAGGAGGAGCCCAAUGUCGAUGAGGAGACGAUUGUGCGACGCCUGCACGAACAUCUGCAGAAGCAGCACGAACGCUUGCAGACUCAAUACAAAAGCAUGAUGGCCCAACACCCGCCACUGGAGCGCCUGAAGCGUUCACCCAUGGACAUCAAUAUGGGUAGCAAUUACAGUCUCAUCUAUCCGCCACUUCCGCAGCCAACGACAACAAUUGGUGGCUCCUCAACAGCCAUGACGCCAGCGCCGACGCCACCGCCCACAAAUGCUGCUACAUCCACAUCCACAUCUCCCCGCCUGCGAGGACUCAAGAACCAAACCAGUACAACAACAACAAUAGCAGCAACGCCAGCAGCAGCAACAACCAUAAUAGAGACGCCUACAACGCCUGAGUCUAGUGGCAAACGAAAGCGACCGCUGGCAUCCAAUAAUAAUAAUAAUAAUAAUAGUAACAAUAAUAAUAAUAAUAAGACAAUCAGCAAUCGGAGCAGCACGUCCAGAUUACGCAAAUCUUUGCAGCCAUAUACGACACGGUCGUGGGAGGAUCAAGAGUUCCACUGCGACAACGAAUUCUUUUUGGAGGAAGCCGACGAACUGCUCGCCGAUAAUCCCAGUCUCGAGAUACCCAAGUGGAAAAUGAUCAGUUUGCGUCGCAGUUCCGAUGACAAAGAAAUCGAACCGAUGAGCAACGAUGCCUUCGAGCAUCGUCACGACAAAUAUGUGCGAGAGGAGAUUGAGCGUAAAAAACGCGAUGCACGCUACAAUCAAGAACAGAAUAAAAUUGAAGCGUUGCGUCAGCGACACAAUCAGGAUGAGGUGCUGGUGCCGUUGCCACCAUUGCCCACAUCGACAUUCUAUCCACUGCCCGAGGACAUUGAGAUCAUACAGUUUGUGAGCGAGGUGCCCGUUCAGGCAUUUGGUGAGAAUAUGAUGUAUCCACGAUUGCAACGCGAACAUUUCAUACUACCCUGGCUGUCGACGGCGGCGACGGCAACAACGGCGACGGUGGCCACAUUGGCCAACAAACGGCUGCCCACCUCGAAAAAGGAGGCGAGACACCAAGAGCUCAAUUCCUCCUAUGUGUUCCUCAAGCGGCGCAAGCGGCAACAGCGUCGCUAAUCAGACCCAGAUCCCAGCAACAGCAGCCGAAGUAGUUAUCAAUUUUAGGCAACAAACACACUUUAAAAUUGACGUUGCAUAUUGCAUAUUAUAUAUAUAUAUAUAUAUACAUAUAUAAAAUCAUUUAUAUUUUAAGCCCAAUCUUUUUUUUUUAACUAAACAGUCGUUUGUAGAGACUUAAAAAGUGUAACUGGUUCUCAAGGCGAGAGAGAGAGCCACAAAUUACUUUAAAUAUUUAUAUCUAAUCCAACAUCUCAGCUUUAUCCACCUUUAAACAACCAACCCCUGAACUUUUUCUUUUUUAAAUUGUAUAUCUUUUAUGAUUAUAUUUUUAAUUUGCGCAAUGUGUUUUUAUAAUUUUGUUCUUUCUAUUUUUGCUUUUUUUUUUGAUUGGUUAGUUUAGUUGCUCAGGUAUAUAUAGUUUUGUUGUGUACUGAUAAAUUUCGUAGAUAUAUAUACAUAUGUGUAUAUAUAUAAAGUCUGAAGUUUUGCAUAGUUUAUAUUGGUAGCGUAUAUCAGUUUCGAAGUUUAAAGAAGAAUGCUCGGACUUAUGCCAACUAUCCAUACAUAUUAUAUACUUUGAUUAAUUAUAAUUUUCAAAAAAAAAAUUGUUUCAUCUUUAAUCUGAAAAUUCAACAAACGAGAAAAAUAAAUAAACUUGAUUUCCAAGCUGUAAAAUAACACAAAAACAUGUUUAUUCACCUCAAGCUCAUAAAAGUCGGUUGAAUCGUCUAAUUACCAUGAUAAGAACAGAU